CAACAUGGUGCGUUUAUAUCAUCUGACCUAGAAGGAGCAGCUAUGCCUUAGUGUGGCUUCAGGGACUUAUCAGUUCCAUCAACAUCUGUGGAAUGCAUUUUUUAGCGGUAUAUUUGUAAAGGCGCAGGUCCCCUGGGCUCUGCGCUGUUGUUUUCAGCACUCGGGAAAGCCGGCGCUUCAGAUCCAGGCAAGUGAAUCAAGCCAGGGAGUUUUCCGUUCAGCACCUCGGACAGAACACGCAGCAAAAAAUGGCUCCGAUCACUACCAGCCGGGAAGAAUUUGAUGAAAUCCCCACAGUGGUGGGGAUCUUCAGUGCAUUUGGCCUGGUCUUCACAGUCUCUCUGUUUGCAUGGAUCUGCUGUCAGAGAAAAUCAUCCAAGUCUAACAAGACUCCUCCAUAUAAGUUUGUGCAUGUACUAAAAGGAGUUGAUAUUUAUCCUGAAAACCUAAGUAGCAAGAAGAAGUUUGGAGCAGAUGACAAAAACGAAGUAAAGAAUAAGCCAGCUGUGCCAAAGAAUUCAUUACAUCUCGACCUUGAGAAGAGAGAUCUCAAUGGCAAUUUUCCCAAAACAAACCUCAAAGCUAGUAGCCCUUCUGAUCUGGAGAGUGUGACCCCAAAGCUCUUUUCAGAAGGGGAGAAAGAAGCCGUUUCCCCUGAUAGCUUAAAGUCCAGCGCUUCCCUUACUUCAGAAGAGAAACAGGAGAAGCUGGGAACCCUCUUCUUCUCCUUAGAGUACAACUUUGAGAAGAAAGCAUUUGUGGUAAAUAUCAAGGAAGCCCGUGGCUUGCCAGCCAUGGAUGAGCAGUCGAUGACCUCUGACCCGUAUAUCAAAAUGACGAUCCUCCCAGAGAAGAAGCAUAAAGUGAAAACCAGAGUUCUGAGAAAGACCUUGGACCCAGCUUUUGAUGAGACCUUUACAUUCUAUGGGAUCCUCUAUACUCAGAUCCAAGAGUUGGCCUUGCACUUCACAAUCUUGAGUUUCGACAGGUUUUCAAGAGAUGAUAUCAUUGGAGAAGUCCUUAUUCCUCUUGCAGGAAUUGAAUUAUCUGAUGGAAAAAUGUUAAUGAACAGAGAGAUCAUCAAGAGAAAUGUUAGGAAGUCUUCAGGACGGGGUGAGUUACUGAUCUCUCUCUGCUAUCAGUCCACUACAAAUACUCUCACUGUGGUUGUUUUAAAAGCUCGACACCUGCCUAAAUCUGAUGUGUCUGGACUUUCAGAUCCCUACGUGAAAGUGAACCUGUACCAUGCCAAAAAGAGAAUCUCUAAAAAGAAGACUCAUGUGAAGAAAUGCACCCCUAAUGCAGUGUUCAAUGAACUGUUUGUCUUUGAUAUUCCUUGUGAGGGUCUUGAAGAGAUAAGUGUUGAGUUUCUGGUUUUGGAUUCUGAAAGGGGAUCCAGAAAUGAGGUGAUAGGGCGGUUGGUCCUGGGAGCAACAGCAGAAGGAACCGGUGGAGAGCACUGGAAAGAGAUCUGUGACUAUCCCAGGAGACAAAUUGCCAAGUGGCAUAUGCUCUGUGAUGGGUAGCAUCCUAGACAUGAUGAGUUGGAACUUAAUGAUUUUUACUAGGCAAGGAACAAUUUCCUUUCUCUUUUUUUCUCUGAUACAUGAUUGCAAGCUUGUGACAACAAGCUACUUUUUUUUUUUUUUUUUUGGUUAGAAAUGGAUUGAAUUAGCAAACCCGAAAGUAACUGUCAAUGUGUACCAUGAUCAUUUCCCCUGAUAUUAAAGAAGUUGGGUAGAUUUUCAUGAGAUAUUUAAUCUCUGCUGCAGGUUACCAAAGUAGCCAAGCAUUUUAUGAAUAUUACAGUGCAAUCCCAAGCUAUUGAUGUGGUUUAGAAGGUGGUGAUCUCAUGUCACUAGAAAGAAAUGUGAUUUUUAGGAUUUAGAAAUGAAAAGCAUGCUUUCUCUUAU